UGGUUCUGGUUCAGGUUGUCUAGUCUGCUCAAUCCAUAGAAGCGGAAGCGGAAGCGGAAGCUCGCUGUUAGUGUUUCCGGGUCAUGGUGAUUAGAUGACGUCUCUCUGGAUAGUUCUGGUUCUGGCUCUGCUGCUCUCUGAUCAAUAUCACAUCACCACCACCCCGCUACCAUACCACUACCACCCCGACACCACCCCACCACCACACCACCACCCCGACACGGAAGUGAGUGGCUGUGUGCUGCGACCUCCACCUGUCAGCUGACCUGCUGACUCACUGAGCGCGCUCAGUAGGGGGGUUCCCCUCCCCACACACACACACACACACACACACUGUUUUAACACACACACGGAUUCGUUGGGACCGCCAUCAUGGUGUUAGCCGACCUGGGGAGGAAGAUCACCUCGGCGCUGAGGUCCCUCAGCAACGCCACCAUCAUCAAUGAAGAGGUGCUGAACGCCAUGCUGAAGGAGGUGUGUGCUGCUCUGCUGGAGGCCGACGUCAACAUCAAACUGGUCAAACAGCUGAGAGAGAACGUCAAGGCUGCCAUAGAUCUGGAGGAGAUGGCUUCAGGUCUGAACAAGAGGAGGAUGAUCCAGCACGCCGUGUUCAAGGAGCUCGUCAAGCUGGUGGACCCCGGUGUGAAGGCCUGGACUCCCACGAAAGGAAAAAACAACGUCAUCAUGUUUGUUGGUCUGCAGGGCAGCGGGAAAACUACCACCUGCUCGAAGCUGGCCUACUACUACCAGAGGAAAGGCUGGAAGACCUGCCUGAUCUGUGCCGACACCUUCAGAGCUGGUGCCUUCGAUCAGCUGAAACAGAACGCCACCAAAGCCAGAAUCCCUUUCUACGGCAGUUACACAGAGAUGGAUCCGGUGGUGAUCGCCGCCGAGGGCGUCGAGAAGUUCAAAGCAGAGAACUUUGAGAUCAUCAUCGUGGACACGAGCGGACGACACAAACAGGAAGACUCGCUGUUUGAGGAGAUGCUGCAAGUCUCCAACGCUGUGCAACCAGACAACAUCGUGUACGUGAUGGACGCGUCAAUCGGUCAGGCCUGUGAGUCUCAGGCGAAGGCCUUCAAAGACAAAGUGGACGUGGCGUCGGUGAUCGUCACCAAACUGGACGGGCACGCCAAAGGUGGAGGAGCUCUGAGCGCUGUGGCGGCCACCAGGAGUCCCAUCAUCUUCAUCGGAACAGGAGAACACAUCGACGACUUCGAGCCAUUUAAGACUCAGCCGUUCAUCAGCAAACUGCUCGGGAUGGGAGACAUCGAGGGUUUGAUCGACAGAGUGAACGAACUGAAACUGGAUGACAACGAGGAGCUGAUCGACAAACUGAAACACGGUCAGUUCACCCUCAGAGACAUGUACGAGCAGUUCCAGAACAUCAUGAAGAUGGGACCCUUCGGACAGAUCAUGGGGAUGAUUCCAGGGUUCGGUACAGACUUCAUGAGUAAAGGAAAUGAACAGGAGUCCAUGGCCCGCCUGAAGAAGCUGAUGACCAUCAUGGACAGCAUGAAUGACCAGGAACUGGACAGUAAAGACGGAGCGAAGCUGUUCAGUAAGCAGCCCAACAGGAUCCAGAGAGUCGCUCGGGGGUCUGGAGUCGCCACCAGAGACGUCCAGGAGCUGCUGACCCAGUACACCAAGUUCGCCCAGAUGGUCAAGAAGAUGGGGGGCAUCAAGGGACUCUUUAAAGGUGGAGACAUGUCCAAGAACGUGAACCCGUCUCAGAUGGCUAAACUGAACCAGCAGAUGGCCAAAAUGAUGGACCCCCGAGUCCUGCACCACAUGGGUGGGAUGGCCGGCCUUCAGUCGAUGAUGCGUCAGUUCCAGCAGGGAGCUGCUGGCAACAUGAAAGGCAUGAUGGGAUUCAACAACAUGUGACCGCCGACCAACCAGCUGCCUUAAAACAAGAACUUCACCUUAAAGCUCCGCCUCCUGAGAGGUACAGGUGGAGAGGGGCGGGGCUUAGAGACAGACAGGAAGUGUAAUGAGACAGAAUGACAGCAGGAUGUUCUGUCGUCUGCUGCUUUUAGAAAAACACCAGAAGAUGUAAAGUAAUGAUUUAAAGGAGCAG